AUUUGAUAUGAAUUGGUGGUUCCGGCUUAUGAUUUUCAUAUACCAAUAAUUAUUUCAUGUUGAUUAAACAAAGUUUACUUGUCGUUUGACCACACAUUUAAAGAUAUUUCUUAGUCAUGUCAUUUUGUUCAAGGAGAUUUUUUCUACGAUUUCAAAUUAAUCAAAUUUCUAAACUCAACUUCAGUAAUGUAUCAGGAGGACCAAGUCAACGUAUAGAACUACCUAAACGUAAAAAAAUAUUUUUUGGGAAGGAUGGUCCAAUUACUUGGAAAACUUUUGGAAUAACUGGUGUUUUAGGUGUUGGUAUGGUUACAUACUUGUUGUACCUUAAAGAAGAACAAGAAGAGAAGCAAAGGAAAGAGAGGAAACGACAGUUAGGUAAAGCAAAAAUUGGAGGUCCAUUUGAGUUAAUUGAUGGAUCCAAUAAUAUUGUAAAAAGUGAACAAUUUUUGGGAAAAUGGAUGCUAAUUUACUUUGGAUUCAGUCAUUGUCCUGAUAUCUGUCCAGACGAAUUAGAAAAAAUGGCAUUAGUUAUUGAUAAUCUUGAAAAAAAUGAAAUUAAUACUGGUAUUCAAGGUAUUUUCAUCACAGUAGAUCCAGAUAGAGAUACUCCUAAAGUAGUAGAGAAAUAUAUUAAAGAAUUUUCUCCAAAAUUUAUUGGUUUAAGUGGUACUUCUGAUCAGAUCCAGCAAGUUUGCAAAAAAUAUAGAGUGUAUUACAGUCCUGGAAAGAAAGACGUUGAUAAUGAUUAUAUUGUAGACCAUACAAUCAUUAUGUACUUGGUUAAUCCUGAGGGUGAAUUUAUUGAUUACUUUGGACAAAAUAAAACUGCUGAUGAAAUUGUAGAACACAUUUUGUUACAUAUGUUUAAAUUCAAACAAGAAAAAAGCUCAAUGUUGAGUAAUACUAUUGAUAAAAUUACUACACUGAGAGGGCAGAAAAUCGUGACAUCUUAAAUGUUUAUUCGUAUAAAACAAACCAUAAAUGUUGGUUUAGUUUAAUAUCAGUUUUUGUUAUAAAUUAAUUUUAAUAUAUUAUUAUGCUCUACUAUUUUUUUUAA